CGUGCACGUGGCACCUCCAAGUAAGCAAGAGGUUGACGUCAAGAAACCCUCUGCGCAUGAUGAUCCAACUCCAGAAUCCAAAUCAGUGGGGUCCCACAACACUUUAAACCCUUACGGCGUCUGCUUACCUGGCCUUACUGGUGACAAGUGUCCUGCCGACAAGUAUCAUCCACCCCCGGAUCAACCCAAACCCAAACCGAAUCCGAACCCAAAUCAAUCGGGUAGUAGUGGCAGUUUAAGUGAUGCUGAUUUGGCGGAUGGAGUUUCUGCUGGGGAAGCAAAGGGAGGUGGGGGUGGUCAAAAGGAUGCUGGAAGCGCCGGUAGCGGAAGUCCAGGCGCAGCAGGCAGUAGCGCUGGUGGCGCCCAAGCAGCUGGUAGUAGUGGUGGUGGUAGUGCCCGUGGUGCAGCAGGUGCCGGUGGUGGAGCACGUGGUUCCCCUCCUUCCAGUGGCACCAGUUCAGACACCAAUCAGCCAGAUCAAUCCAUGCUCCCUCUUCCCUCGAAACCCUUCGACCCCCAGGAUCUCAUCCCUUAUACCCCCGCGAUCAUUCCCGCGGUGGUUGGCAUUGGGCUUAUUGCGUUCUUCCUCUGGAAGUAUUUUGCGUACCUCGCCAAACGCCGACGACAGUUUCGAACCGUUCGUGACGUGCCGUCACCGCCACUCGACGAAGAAAUAUUGCAACAUCUACAACGCGGCGAGCCGCCACCCGAUUACGGGUACACCAUGAUUAGGGAUAGGCAACCUGCGUCUGCUGCCGGCCGCCGCGGACGACGUCAUCCACGCGUGCAUAAACGCACCAUCAUCGACCUACAUCUAGAAGUGCUCAACGAAUGCGACGCGGCCGCAUGGGAAAACGUCAAAGACGACUAUUUGCAAAUACUCGUUGAAGAGUUUAUGGGGGGCAACAACAUGUGUACAAGUAGCUCGGAUGUCUGUACCCCAGACGACGGUUUAGCAACCCACGAUUCGACAACCCGCGAUGUGACAACCGCGCAUUCGACAAACCGGGAUCUACCGAUCGAUUCCGACGGCACAGAUCCAUGUCCACCACAUGACCCCGAUCCAUGGAGUUGUAUGGAAACCAUACGGUUAGAACAGGGCCCUUGUGCACCGAAUGAGGACGACCCCGAUCCAUGGAAGUGUAUGGAAACCAUACAGUUACAUGCCGAACAGAGUCGUUCACAACCAGCAGCGAUACGUGAAAUGCGGGCCCACCACUGGCACACCCAUUGGAUUAACUGGAUUGACCGCAACAAGCACCUCUUGCGGGCGUGCACGACACAGCCGUGGUUUCUGCAAUUAAAAGCGGAUUGGAAACAAUACGUGCGUCAGCACAUGGUGGCAACCGCACCAUCCGGUGAGCACAGGACAGCUGCAACCAUGGAAAGGACGAAAUUGGACUUGUGGAGACAAUGGGUAGCGCAACAACAUCGGCAAAUGCGUAUGUAUUGUGAGGCGCAGUGGUUUCAACAGUUGUUGAAUAAUGUAGACGCGGCGACAGAAUCGCAAAACGGCGAAGUACCUGGAGUGGAAACAGACUUAAACAUGCAAAUAGUAACAGCAGCAGCAGACAUGCUACAAGUGCGAGAUGUACCACGGUCCCAACCACUGCAUCAGCAAUCUUACAUGAAAAAACCGUUAACCGCUAACAUAUGGAUACUGAUCCUGGCAUUAGUCAUAGAACAGUGCGAAAUCGAAUGUCGUUUGCAGGAGAAGGAGUUGUAUGUGGAUGAUCUAUUGCAGCAACUCGUGCACGUGGCACCUCCAAGUAAGCAAGAGGUUGACGUCAAGAAACCCUCUGCGCAUGAUGAUCCAACUCCAGAAUCCAAAUCAGUGGGGUCCCACAACACUUUAAACCCUUACGGCGUCUGCUUACCUGGCCUUACUGGUGACAAGUGUCCUGCCGACAAGUAUCAUCCACCCCCGGAUCAACCCAAACCCAAACCGAAUCCGAACCCAAAUCAAUCGGGUAGUAGUGGCAGUUUAAGUGAUGCUGAUUUGGCGGAUGGAGUUUCUGCUGGGGAAGCAAAGGGAGGUGGGGGUGGUCAAAAGGAUGCUGGAAGCGCCGGUAGCGGAAGUCCAGGCGCAGCAGGCAGUAGCGCUGGUGGCGCCCAAGCAGCUGGUAGUAGUGGUGGUGGUAGUGCCCGUGGUGCAGCAGGUGCCGGUGGUGGAGCACGUGGUUCCCCUCCUUCCAGUGGCACCAGUUCAGACACCAAUCAGCCAGAUCAAUCCAUGCUCCCUCUUCCCUCGAAACCCUUCGACCCCCAGGAUCUCAUCCCUUAUACCCCCGCGAUCAUUCCCGCGGUGGUUGGCAUUGGGCUUAUUGCGUUCUUCCUCUGGAAGUAUUUUGCGUACCUCGCCAAACGCCGACGACAGUUUCGAACCGUUCGUGACGUGCCGUCACCGCCACUCGACGAAGAAAUAUUGCAACAUCUACAACGCGGCGAGCCGCCACCCGAUUACGGGUACACCAUGAUUAGGGAUAGGCAACCUGCGUCUGCUGCCGGCCGCCGCGGACGACGUCAUCCACGCGUGCAUAAACGCACCAUCAUCGACCUACAUCUAGAAGUGCUCAACGAAUGCGACGCGGCCGCAUGGGAAAACGUCAAAGACGACUAUUUGCAAAUACUCGUUGAAGAGUUUAUGGGGGGCAACAACAUGUGUACAAGUAGCUCGGAUGUCUGUACCCCAGACGACGGUUUAGCAACCCACGAUUCGACAACCCGCGAUGUGACAACCGCGCAUUCGACAAACCGGGAUCUACCGAUCGAUUCCGACGGCACAGAUCCAUGUCCACCACAUGACCCCGAUCCAUGGAGUUGUAUGGAAACCAUACGGUUAGAACAGGGCCCUUGUGCACCGAAUGAGGACGACCCCGAUCCAUGGAAGUGUAUGGAAACCAUACAGUUACAUGCCGAACAGAGUCGUUCACAACCAGCAGCGAUACGUGAAAUGCGGGCCCACCACUGGCACACCCAUUGGAUUAACUGGAUUGACCGCAACAAGCACCUCUUGCGGGCGUGCACGACACAGCCGUGGUUUCUGCAAUUAAAAGCGGAUUGGAAACAAUACGUGCGUCAGCACAUGGUGGCAACCGCACCAUCCGGUGAGCACAGGACAGCUGCAACCAUGGAAAGGACGAAAUUGGACUUGUGGAGACAAUGGGUAGCGCAACAACAUCGGCAAAUGCGUAUGUAUUGUGAGGCGCAGUGGUUUCAACAGUUGUUGAAUAAUGUAGACGCGGCGACAGAAUCGCAAAACGGCGAAGUACCUGGAGUGGAAACAGACUUAAACAUGCAAAUAGUAACAGCAGCAGCAGACAUGCUACAAGUGCGAGAUGUACCACGGUCCCAACCACUGCAUCAGCAAUCUUACAUGAAAAAACCGUUAACCGCUAACAUAUGGAUACUGAUCCUGGCAUUAGUCAUAGAACAGUGCGAAAUCGAAUGUCGUUUGCAGGAGAAGGAGUUGUAUGUGGAUGAUCUAUUGCAGCAACUGUGA